AUGGCAACUCCAUCCCCAGUGCCAUCAGGCUUGUCACCUCCGCUGACGGUGGAUACCGAAAUAAACCAUAAUGGAGUUAUUACAGUCAUCGCUUCAUUUUCAUUAUUUUUGGUUCUGGGAUCUCUGGGGAUUCGUGUGUAUUCUGCAUACAGUAGAAGAGUCCGUCAGUUGGAUGAUUUGACUUUCGCGGCGACUGUGACUCUUGCCUUGGCACAGGUGUCUGUGGUCUUUGCGCAGAUUCAUUUUGGUUGGGGAAAAUCAAAGUCGUUGAUCGGUGAUGAAGAUUGGAAUUCGAUCGAGAAGACUGGGUACAGUGCGGAUAUCCUCUAUAUCGCAAUAUUAUCUUCGUCAAAGGCGUCAACCGCACUCUUUUACCGGACCAUUACCCUACGUAGCUCGCUAUGGAUGAGCUACGCUCUUCUGACGGUUACUCUACUCUGUGCCCCUGUGGCUAUAGUUUUGCUGGCCGUCCGCUGUGAUCGACAUCCAUGGCAUGAUAUCAGCAAACAAUGUUCAGUUCUGUUCCCCCACUGGCAGGCCGUUACAGCAUUGGAUAUAGCCUUCGAAAUGAUCCUCUUACUAUAUCCCAUCCGGGCAAUCACGAGACUGCAGACGACACUAAGCAACAAAGUCAUUGUAAUUCUGGUGCUGAGUUGUCGAGUUUUCCUUAUCCCUAUCGGCGCGAUCCACCUCCACUACAUGAGUCAACAAGUCAAUUCAGCAGACCCAACACUCGAGGGAGCCUUUGCUACGGUUGUGGCAGAACUUCACGUGGCAUUCAGCGUUCUGGUACUGACGGCGCCAUUAAUGAAACCAUUCGUCGCAGCCUACGUGGACGAGAACGGACUGGCCUAUACCGACGACGCAACCAAGUCACGAACCAAUCACAAAUUCACACCACACUCCGACCGAUCGAACGCGACAUAUCAUGGGUCGCGGAUGAGUAGUUUUCCGGCAAGAAAUCGCAUCAUGAAGAGCAUUGAAAUAUCGGUGGAUCAUGAGGAUGUGGAGCUUUUGGAGACACGUUGA